UGCUUGCUCCUCGGUGACUUUGUUCGCUCCUCUGCAAUAAAAAGCAGAUAACUCGGUGGUUUUUUUCGCAGUAUCGACAUGUGCAGCAGGACAUAAUGAAGCUUUAUGUGGAUGUUGCAGCAGUGUGUGGAGGAAGUUCCUUUUAACGGAUGAUGCAGGUACAAGGUAGACAACAUUACUUGAAUUGCUAAAAAAAUGCUGUUUGCGUCAGAGUAAUGUCAAAGUGCUUACAGUGCAGGUAGUGAUAUAUAGAACCUACUGCAGUGAAGGCACUUGUAGCAUUAUGUUGACAACUGCCUCAGGAGAUCUCGCAGGACUUCAGAGAAUGGAAAGGUGUUGAUCUCCAGGUUUGUACUUCUAGAAAUCCAACAUGCUGUACUAAAAAGAUGGAAGAAAGGUAUCAGACUGCAGCAAAGCAAGAUAUACAGCAAGUGGUUCAAACAUCAAGUGCUGCAUUAAAAUUUUUAAUAUCUCGUAAUGCAGCUGCUUUUCAGGAAGUGGAGUCAUGUACUGCAUUUUCAAAGGCUUUGUGAGAGAAACCUUUGAAAUGCUUAUCAGACUGGCUGAGAAUUACACAAGCGCACUUUUCUGCACUGCAUAUAGAAACAUGGCUGCUGAGGCUACUGUGCAUGUUCAGGAGUUUUUCACUGAUGUUGGACUCUUCGUGUUUGGCACAGACAUUAGCACAGAGAAAUUUGUCAAUAGAUUUUUUGACACUCUGUUUCCAGUAGUCUACAACCACGUGAUUAACCCCGGUCUGACUGACAUUUCAGUGGAAUAUGCAGAGUGCCUCCGAAUGGCGAGAAGAGACAUCAGGCCCUUUGGCAACAUUCCCAAAAAGGCCAUGGGACAAAUGGGAAGAUCACUCUUAUCCAGCCGGACUUUCUUGCAGGCUCUGAAUUUGGGGAUUGAAGUGAUCAAUACGACAGAUCACCUGCAUUUCUCCAAAGACUGCAGCAGAGCUUUACUGAGAAUGCGGUACUGCCCCCACUGCCAGGGAGUGAUGUUGAGCAAGCCCUGCAUGGGCUACUGCCUCAACAUCAUCCGGGGCUGCUUAGCCAGCAUAGCAGAAAUUGAUCUUCAUUGGCGGGGAUAUGUUCGGUCCCUGGAGGAGCUCUCAAGCGCCAUGAGUGGAACACACGACAUUGAGCACGUGCUUCUCAACUUUCAUUCACUUGUUAAUGAUGCUCUGGUACAGGCUCAUAUCCAUGGGCCAGAGUUAUCUGAGCAGGUGAAAAAGUUCUGUGGUCCUCCUGUAAGGAAGCCUACACACUCUCCAGGUUGCUCCUUUGAUCAGAACAAAGAUAAUCAAGGGUUGAAGAUGUUCUCAAGAGACAGUGAAGAAAUGCUCACCAACAGAAGAAAGGAAUUUAUCAGCCACCUCCGGCUCUACAGAGCCUUUUAUGGUGGCCUGGCUGACCAGAUGUGCAGUAAUGAGUUGGCAGCUGCAGAUGGACUCCCAUGUUGGAAUGGAGAAGAUGUCGUAAAAAGCUAUACGCGUCAUGUGGUUGGCAGUGGAAUCAAAGCUCAGUCUGCAAAUCCAGAAGUAAAAGUGAAGGGAACAGAUCCUGUAAUAAGUCGAAUUAUUGACAAGCUGAAACAUGUUAUUCAGCAUAAAAGCAUACUCUUUGAUGGAAAGUGCUGCAGAAGGACUGGAAAAAUUUUCAUCACUGAAUUUCCAAACCAAUAA